AUGGUGGGCACAACAAAAAUAAAUAAGCUAAUGCCUGCUUGUAUUUCAUCAAAAAAGGUUGAAAAUGGUAUUAAGGAUGACGAAGAGCAAGUGGAUUCAGAUUCCUCUACUUCUUCGGGAUCAUUCAGCUCGCCCCUGCUCUCCUCCUCUUUACUCCGUUCCACUGCUGUCGCUGUGGGCUCCCCAGAUGCGGUGGCCAGCUUUAUAACAGGUGCUAGCUGUAGAUCCUCAGGGGCACCCGAAUCCCCAGCUGAUCCAUCCUUGCCACUCAGCUCGACCACUGGCAGCACUACUCGUACUACGAGCCUCCGCCAGGCUCUAACUGCCGUAGUCAGCAAGAUGAUGCAGAUCAUUCCCAACCACUCGCCUCCUGAUUCAUCCCCUGCUGAAACUGCGAGAGCCUUGGAUUUUAGAACCAGCUCUGGUACUUGGGAAGCUGAUAUUAUGACACUUAGGACCGAGGAAGUUCCACUUACAGAGGGAGUUUUUACGACUUCAAUGGGUCCGCAGUCCCUAAUAGCGAAGAUAGAGUGA